UUUUCUGCUCUCUCUCUCUCUCUACUUUAGAGCAUUUUCUCUCUCUAAGUCCGAGCCCCAUCUUCUUCGUCCGACCAGGUACGCCUUUGUUUUGUUUUUUACUAAGUUUUUCUUCUCUUUCUUUUAAUAAAAUCGGCCGACCCCCUUCUGUUGAUAAAUAAUGGGGAGCUCGUCCGAGUCAGUGACACCCCCUCCCUCACCUCCUUAUAAUUUAGCCGAGGAAGUGAGGGGUAUGGGAAUGGUUUUGGUGUCAACUUUAAUAAGUUGCCCGGAUCCCUCGGCGUGCCUGAGGCGCUUUCCCUCCCAAGUACUCCUUCGCAAGCCGAGGAGGAGGAGGCCGAGGGUACCAUCCCCCUACCCUGGGAGGUGUCCCUGGCCUAUCCUUCUUCGAGGAGUUACUUAGACAAAUAUUUGUCUGAUGGUGUAGUUAGGAUAGCUAUGCCAGGAGAGGAAGGCGAAGCCUCUACAUCGGGUCGGCUCGCGUAUCCCGAGAUCGACCCCAAAGGCGGUCCGGGCGCCAAAUUUCCACUUCCAUCUUUAAUAAAGGCCCUAUUGGAGGAUGCCCGAGGCCAAGCAGCGAAAUUCCAAAUAAAGGACCCCUACAUACUGGUCCGACCCGAUGCUAGCCAUACAAUCUUGUCUCCGCCGCCCGGGUGCACGGCGUUUUACUAUAAGGCCAUGGAACUAGGCUUAAGAUUCCCGCUGACCCCAUUCGAGAAAGACAUCCUGAACGCCUACAACAUGUGCUUGGGUCAGCUCUCCCCAAACUCUUGGGGCGGGAUCUUAGCGGUUCAGGUGAUCUGUAACAUCAUCGGUGUCAAGCCGACCCUGACCCUUUGGCGGCAUAUGUACAAAUUGUUCGAAAUGCCAGCCGGGGACCAUGGUCCGGGCUGGUGGUGUUUUCAGGCUCGGCGGGGCUAUCGUACAGUUCUUGAUCUCCCCACUUCUCAGAAGGGGUUCCGCCGAGGAUUCGCCUUUGUGUACUAUGGUGGGGAAUGGGGCAUCCCCACCGUGCCCCCGUCAUCCGAGCCAAACCACUGUUUGAACUUCAAGGUGCCAGAGCUAUCCGACGAGGAAGCCGUGGCCGCCAUCUACUUUCAACUGGAGGCUAAGAUAGUCGAUGGUGGCGAGGUGUUCGUAGCGGGGAACUGGCUCCCGAGCUGCAAAAUGUUCAAGAACGAGCACUUCCUCGCCGCAUUCGGCCUGAGUCCGGCCUUUCCCAAGGAAGCCUCCCUAGCCUUUCUCAAAGAGACCGACUCAGAGAUGGCCGAACGAUUGACCUCCGCUGCACUGAAGGCGGCUCGGAUUAGGGCCGAGAUGAAGGCCAACAAGAUUAACAAGCCUUCCAAGCCAAAAGUGAGAACCCUUUCUUCCGACCCGGUUUGGCUUUAGGUUUUUCAAUUUCUC